AUAACACCAUUUAGGUUAGCGCCUCUGUCGCGUAGAUGUAGAUGCUAGGCUAAUUAGAUUUGGUCUGGGCGACCACAUAAGUUGACAGGAAUACUUGGUGACUUUCAAGUUUAUCGUUGUGCACAUCAUAUAUUUCGCUGUUGAAGGCUAUAUCAUCAGGUCGUUGGCACAGAAACGCCAUGACACCACCCAUCCCGGCCGUUCGUACUGGUGUUCUUUGAAAAUAUGCAACAAAACGUGGUAGGCUAUGGCAACUGUAAAUCUUCAUUACUUUCUGACAUCGUAUAAGUUGAAAUCAUGCCAGUUACUGGUGAAAAUAUACAGCGAAUAUUGGGAGUGUGUGAUUUUUGGAUUCGGACGAACAGAGAACGCAUCGAGGUACAAUUUAUUGAUGUCUUAGCUCGCCGUCUGAGAUCAUUUCACUCACUUUGGCGUAACAAGAAUGUCGACAGUUCCCAUGUUAACACCAGAGAUGUUGUCCAAAUUGAUCAGGAGGAGUUGCUUGUCAUCAAUUACCCACGUUGUCCAAAAACUUUGGAAGAAUUUGGCGUUGUUUUCAAGGAUGGCGGUGAAUGCAGCUUGGGAAGAUCACAGUUGGCGGUAGGCGAUGUCUACAUAGAGUGCAUAUUAAGGGACAGUUGUACAUAUAAAGAUGGUGUAGUUCACGUAAAUGACGAGAUACUUCAAAUCAACACUAUGUUGGUGCAAGGAAAUCUACCGCAAACUAGAGAAAUUCUACAAAAUGAAUUGUUGAGUGGAAAAGUUUGUUUAAUUAUGCUGAGAAAAAUAAAAAGGAAAGCACCAGCACCACCCAAGAAACCUACAGUACCACCGCCAUCUCCUCCAAAACGACAACCACAUAGCCCUGUACCAUAUCAAGACCAGCCUGAACAAGAAAGAAAGAUGACACCAGUCACCAGUCAUAGUGCUGUCAAUAAAGAGGGUGCACCAUUUGUCACAAGUCAUAAUACUGUGAACAGACAUGAUUCAAACAUCUCAUUUAUACUGCCAAGAGCUACAAAAUGGAAAAGAGCGGUUAUAAAAAUGCAUCUGGUGAAGGGAAGAGAAGGUUUGGGAAUACGCAUCACAGGAGGGAAGGGAUCCAGGAAAGGAGAUGUCGGAAUAUUUGUUGCUGGAAUUGAACAUGGUAAAGCUGCUUACAAUGGUAGCAGCAGCAGCAGUAGUAGUAGUAGUAGUAGUAGGGAUAGCAGUAGUGGAAGAUGUAGCAGUGGUGGUGGUGGUCGUCGUGGCAGCGGCAGCAGCAGUCGUAGUGGAAGAUGUAGUAGUAGUGGUGGUGGUGGUGGUCACGGUCGUGGCGGCGGUGGCGGCAGCAGCAGUCGUAGUGGAAGAUGUAGUAGUAGUGGUUGUGGUGGUGGUCACGGUCAUGGCCACGGUCGUGGCGGCCAUAGCGGUGGUCGCAGUGGUAGUGGUAGAAAAGUCAUUAUUAGGUCAACAAAGGAGCCAAUAAAUAGGGACAUGUCUGAACAGCAACAUGUAGUAACAGGAACUAGUCACAGUCAAGAUAUCUCAGUAAGAGAGACAGAAAAACACGUCCAUCUUGUUAAAGAGCAUGGUGUCAGUCUGGGAAUUGGGGUGGUGUGCCUUGAUCUUCCAAAAAACCAAAAAGGGAUAUUUAUACAACAUUUAUCUGACAAAUCUCCAGCUGCGCUGGAUGGAAACUUGAGGUGUGGUGAUCAGAUAUUGAGUGUGAAUGGCCAUAGCCUUGUUAAUGUAACAUUAGAUGAAGCCCAGAGAAUCUAUGGAGCGUUACUUCCAGGAAAAAUACACAUCAAAGUUAUGACUGACUCGAAUCCACAGGUUUGGAAUUCUCAGGUAACCAGUAAAAUGGAACGACUGUCUCCAUUGCCAUGUAUAGACAGUGAAAUGGAACGAUUGUCUCAAUCUCCCUGUAUGAACAGUGAACUGGGCCAUUUGUCACCAACACCCUUUGUGGAUACUGAAACAAAUAACGUGAAUCAUUUACAAGAACUAGAAGAUGCAACUACAAAGACAUCUACAUCAUUAACUAAGUCCAAUUUACUUCAGUCACAGGACUACCCAAGUACUGAUUCUGAGCUGGCUCACAUCAUGGCUACACCACAUUCUUCAGUGACCAAUCAAAGUCCUGUCAAUCGAGUUCCAAAAAUAUCAGGAUCUCCCCAGGAGUUCAUUGUUCAUUCUAUAAACUCUACGAGUAAUUCAUCUGUGGUGAGUGAAGCCUCAGCCCGGAAGCUUGACUAUCAUACAGGAGAGUACCUUGGAACUGAUGAAGUUGAUCCAACAUGGGAACCGGAAUAUCUGCCAUCGGAUGCAAGUACGGAAAACAGCGAUGUGGAAGAGGAUAAUCAUUUGCAGACAAGUAUAAAAAGUACUUCAAGCAAUGGUUCAGCUUUCGAUAGUGAUAGAGCCUCAGUUACAAGCGACAGUUUAGAAUUAGCAGCUCAGUAUGCUAGGCACCUUAGUGCUGUUGAAAAUAAAUCUGACAGCGAUGAAGACUAUGAGGUAGAACGUGAUUAUGAUGUGGAUCAAGGUGGUGAAUACUCCACUAAUUCAUCUGAUGUGAAAACUGGUACAUUCAUGUCUACAAUGGGAACAUCUUUACAUGAAGAUAGAGUUAUUAAUCAAGGACCCCUAGCCAUAUUGGAUUUAUAUCGCAAUGAAGGAGAAAAGUUAGGUAUGGGACUCCGGAUAAAUGGAGAUCGUGAUAGUCAAGAACGUGUAGAAUCUGUAUUUGUUUCUUCUGUGGAUUCUGGUGGGCCAGCUGAUAGGGCUGAAGGUGGAGCAUGUGGACUUCAAAUUGGAGAUGAGAUACUUAAUAUCAAUGGACAUAAUAUUAAAGAAAAGUCAUACUCUCAAGUUUUGGAAAUAUUCCGCAAUCUUCCCCUGCAUUCUAAAGUUAUUGUUGCCAGAGGAAUAGCUAUCCCUGCUGAUACUUCAGAACAUUCUGAUUACUCAGGCUCUUAUGGGAGUUCUGUUGAAUCAAGAGAAAGUCAGUAUGAAACUGAAGAGUAUGGGAAAGUAGAACAAAGUCAGAACUCACAGGAAAGCCUCAGACAAGACACUGUGGAUGCUUCAGUGACUAAAAAUGAAGAGAAUAACCAGCAAAUUGUGUGGAGUAAUGUAGAACAAAAACUUAUAGAAAGUCAUAACUUGCAGGAAGGCCUUGAACAUGACACUGUGGAUGCUUUAGUCACUAAAAAGACUGAACAACAAAAAGUUGAUAUGUUGGCAAAAGACGAACCUGAGAUUGAUUUACCAGUGGGUUAUGAAAUACGGGUAAUUAACAUGGACAAACCACUGAAUGCUUCCUUAGGACUGAGUAUUAUUCACAGUCAAACACCAACAUUGGGAUAUUUUCAGGUUCGUCGGAUUCUGGCCAAUAGCAUCUGCUCUCAGGAUGGCCAAGUGGUAGUUGGAGAUAGGUUGGUCUCUAUUAAUGAACAUACAAUGAAAAAUAUUCCAAUGAUGCAAGCUUUGGAAUUGCUUAAACACAAAACAGAACAUGUGAAACUUGUGGUGCUACGGGAAAUCAAAAAUAAGAAAGCCAUUGAUCAAAAUCUUAUAGCAGCUCCUGAAAAGGAAAGAGCUGUGUCAGAACAUCUAUCAUUACAUUCCUGUGAUGAGAAGGAUCAGCAACAUUCAUCUAUUAAAGAUGAAGUGGAUAUUGUGUCGCAGAGUUCAUCAAUACAUCUCACUGAUGAAGAUGAUGGAGAUAUUGAUGAUGUAUUGAUGCUUGAGACUGAGUGUCUCACUGAUGAUGACAAUGAGAAGGAGGAGGAGGAGGAAUCUAUUUAUCAUACACCAAUCCAAAAUGCAUCAGACAUUAGUAGUGUGAGUGAUCAAUUGGAAGCAAGUAUUUAUGAAACACCAAAAUAUAAUGUUGAUUCAGACAUUGUAGAUGCACCAUUUAUUGAUAAUGAGGCUUUGUUAGAACGAAAUGAUAAUUCAAUAGAAGAUUGCGAUGAUACAUCAAAAUCUGUGGAUGAAGAAUCAGCUAAUACUUCUAGAUCAGCAUCACCUAAUGAUGAUAUUGAUUUGAUCAAUUCAUCAUUGACUGUAGACAUACCUCUACCACCACCUUUACCGUACAGUGUACCACCACAACAACCAUCACCACCAAUGUGCAGUAUACCAACAUCAAAUAAUACUGAUUUGUUGACAUUAAAAGAUGAACCAGUGUCUGCUGACUCAUCCACUUCAAUCUUAUCUGCAGCUCAUUUGAGUCUCUUAGAUCAUGAACCUCCAAUAAUUGUUCCCCCUCCUCUAGAUGAAAUAACCAAUCCUACUGAACCUUCAUCUUUACGUCCCCCACUGCCACCUACAUGCCCUCCAGAACUGCCAAGGAAUCCACCUCCUGACGAGAUUUCAGAUGUAUAUCCACAGAAACCAACAUCACUUCCACUGAAAGAAUCACCUCCAAAAUCACCAGACCUGAAAAUGACAUUCCCAGUUAAGAUGAGCCCAACUAAAGCUCAACCAGGUCAAGUUCACUUUUUACCCCAAGCAUUAACUCCACUACGUUCACCACCAAAAAUUGGUGCUAAAUCACCUCCAACUUCACCAAAAUCCAGUCCCAAUGAAAAUGAAGUACAUCCAAGAGGAAGAACUUGUCUACUGAAGCUAUUCCCAAAGAGCACAGUUGAAGAUAGACACAGUACAAUCAAACCCCGAUCUGUCUUUGCAACGUCUGCUACUCGAUUACUUGAAAGCAAAGUUGUGUCCAAGUACAAGAGAUCUGAGGUGGGACCUUUCCUGAUUCAGUUAUUGAAAGGGUUCCGUGACCUUGGUGUAAAAGUAACUAAUGAUGACAGUGGUCAUGUGAUUAUCAAGGAGCUACCACCAGGGGGCGCUGCAGCAAGAGAUGGCCACAUUAAAGUUGGAGAUGUACUUCUGGCUGUUAAUGGUAAAGAUCUCAGCAAUACCAUUACUGGAGUUGACAGUCAAGAAGUUCUGAAUUCCUUACCAAGGGGGACAGUUCGGUUAAUUCUGCAGUCACCACAGUGUGUCGACAAAGAAAAGAUAUUAGAUAACAGCAGUACAGUCAAGCCUAAACCACCUCCUGUGCCACCAAAACCAGUGAAACAAAAGAAACUUGGCAAUGAUCAAUCACCAGGAAGCCCAAAAACAACAUCUGUAAUUAAACCUGUGAUAAAGACAACACAGAGUACACCUCUAUCAAUCAAUCGUAAUACUGCAUCUGUCACCACUCCUGGUAUCACUGAUGUGAACUACUCAGAAAUCAAUCCACGUCACAGGUCUGACAACAUGGCUGACUCUUCUGCUAAAAAGUAUAGUAAAAAGUUUGAGAAAUCUGAUUCCAUUGACAGUGAUGUCACACCAUUGACUCCAAGAUUGCCCCCAGAUGGACAUGAAUUUCCUGAUGGUUCUCUGCUCACUGAUAUUCCAGAUGUGAAUUCUUUUGACAUUCAAUUUACUACCAAUCCGGAUGAAAAAAUGGAAAUACUCAAGCAUCAGUUGGACUACUCAAUCCCAGGAACAUUACAUGUGGGUCAUGUAAGCAGUGUUGGAAAGGAACCCAAUAACAAUCUAUCAGCACAAAAUAUUGAACCCCCUACGAUUUUCAAAGACACGUCAAUGAAAACUGACAGUCAGAUACCAUAUGAGAAUGAAACACCCCCUAAAACAUUGCUUACAUCAACACCAAAAACUGAUGAAGAGUUUGAAGGGGAGGGGGAAUGCAGUGUUAUGACAGUACAGGGUCAAGCGUCUGUGUUUGGUGAUGUUGUUGGAAGGCGCAAGCUACCAUCUAUGCCACAUAAUAAAUCUAUAAGAACGAGAAAUCAAUCGCCAAUUAAUCGUCAUAGUUCAUUGAAAAAACAGGAUAGUACAGUUGAUUCUACUAAAGACACCAAAUCUGUGUUACCAGACAUUCAAAGGAAUAAAGUGUCUGCAUUUAAACAAGAAACUGAGGGAGUGUUCUAUGCUAAGCCAAUCUCUCCUCCUAAAACAUUUCUGGGAGGAAGCGACACAGAAAUUGAUCCUAUAUGUGCAGAUGUUAAUAUCUUUAUUGAGGAAAAUGACAAAAACGCAUAUAUUCUACCACCAUCAUCAUCAUCAUCACCACCACCUCCAUCAUCGUUACCACCACCGUCACCACCACCUCCACCGCCUGAAUUGGAGAAAUUGUUUCACAAACAUGUUCCAAAUUUGGAGUGUAUAGUAACCAAACAAAUAGACCCUGUGGAGGAAAUAUUACAUGAACAAGUACAGCCUGUGGAGGAAAGUUUCUAUGAACUAUCAAAUGGUGGGGUCAAUGAAAGCUCUUCUGUGUCAGCUGAACUGGUGAAUGGCUGUCCUCUUGAUAACAGUUUAGGAUCCGACCUGCUACAACAAAGUGAACAAGAGGAUAAUAACACAACUUUUGAGCUUGCUCCUGAAUUUAAUGAGAAUUCAGAUUUAGUUUUGUCACCUGGAACUGAAAAACAAGACUUGACCUUCGACACAAGUGAGAGUAGCAGCAUGGCAACAUCUAUCAAUACCACGGUUUACCUGACACCACCCACCAUACCACCCCCACCAAUUCCAGAAUUUGUGCAAACUUCUUUUUCACUUCCAGUUACUAGCCUACCGUCUGACACCCACUGGUUUGAGAAGACAAUUUCUUCAGAGAUAGAUGCUGAGUGUGAUAGCCUGAAAUUAUAUGAUUUUGAAAUCUCUGAUGUGCCACCACCUUUGCCGUCAACUCCUCCUAGUGAUGAAUUGGAACCAUUCAUGACACCUUCAGCUACUUGUGUAAGUGACAAUAUUGAUUCUAGACUCGUGCAUGAUAACAUAAGGGAUGAGUUAGUUCCUGUAGCUGUCAACAAGUCCCCUCCUACAAGUGUCAGUCCACCCCCUCCUGUAGUAGAAUCACCCAGUGAACCUGAACAUUUUAGCAUGCCACUAAUGUCACCCAUAAUGCAUGCUACUGAACCAUUAGAAAGAAAAGAAGAAACUCCAUCAGUUAAAAUUAAUCUAAGUAAUGCUGGUGACAAACUAACUGGGCUAACACAGGAUGAAAUUGCUGCUGACGUUUCUAAAAAACAGUCUAAAAUUUUGAGUGAUUCUGACAGUACAUACUCAUCUUCUACAUCUUCUAGUACGCAACGGACCUUCGCGCCACCUCUCAGGAAGAGUGGUUCACCUUUGUUUGGUAAAAAUAGUCCACGAACUGCCAUUGCUGCUCCCAAACUCAAAGGUCUAACAAUACCCAGGAAAAGUCCAUCUACCAGUCAAAGUAACACUCUACCUAGAACAGGCACACCAUCUUUAUUUACAAGAAAUCUCAGGGAGUCUCCUUCUCCACUUUCAAGGAGUACUAAGGAGUCCCCAAGUUCCUUUUACAGACAACCUAAGGGGUCUCCAUCAGACUCUACAAAGAGACAUAGUUUCCCAAUAAUGAGGUACAAAGAGUUUGGAGAAGAAACAACUUUGAACAAAUCUGAAAGUGACAAGAAAAUACAUGAUUAUUCAAAAGAUGAGCUUGUUCGACCACCAAGAAUUCCACCGAGAGUUCCACCACGCCCUUCAUCAAAACCAGGUGCAAAAGAUGCUAACUCAAGUGAUGACGCACCUUUAAAAUUCAAAAAACUAAUUGAUAGAUUUGAGAAAUCACCAAGUUCAGACACAGCCAUUAACCAAAACAGUCUCAAUCCAUCCACUGCUUUUAAAAAUCUCAAUGCAAAGACUGUAGUUUCACGACCAUUUGUAACUAAACUGUAUAAUGAGAACGGUAAGACACCAUCUUUACCAAUCGUAAAACCAAAUUGGUCAUCACCAGCAAGUGAAAAUGCUGAGCUCACAUCAUCUUAUAACAUUGUCUCAACUCCACCAAAUGAACAUUUGAAAUCCACUUGUGUAGAUGAACUUGGAAAACCUGACUUAGUUGAAACCAUUUCAGACCCAACAUCAAAUAUAGACAACACAACUGUACUAUCACAUGCAGAUGAACAAGUGGAGAAAUUUGAAGCUAUUGUUAAGAUAUUUGAUGAAGUGGAGGGAGAAAAAGAGGAAAUAUUUGAACAGUUUGUUGAUGAACCUGAGGUGACUUCUCUAACACCAUUAGAGCCUCCUCCGCCAUUGCCGAAUGCAUUGCCACCUCAAAUUAUUCAUUUGGAAGAUAAUCAUUUGAAUUUACAAAAACCAGCUGAGCCAAGAGAUGCAUUUUACAUUAAUGAAGAAUCUCCCAGGGUGAUCAAGGAUCACAUCCUAAAAGAUGAAAAUCAGCCCGACUUUCAGGAAGAAUUCAAAUCUGGACUUGUAGAAGCUAAUUCCCUUGUGAUUGGCAUAGACAAUAGUUCAACACAUAUACCAACAGUUUCAUCAGAAUUACCAGUUGACCAAGGUGCUCCUGAGCCUCUCCAGUUUGAGUCUGAUACUUUAGUUCCAAAUAGUGUUCAUUCUAGUCCAAUGGAAAUAUAUACUGCAAUACCAGCGGAAGUGAAUGGUUCUCCUUCACUUCCUUAUUUACCAGAAAGUGAAAUUGUACAGCCUAUAGAGUCAUUAGAAUCACCAACUGUUGACAUUUACAUAGCUGAUGUAAUAGAUGAUGAUGAUGGUAGUGAUGAUGAUAUACCACCUCCAUUACCUUCAGUUCAUCCACCACCAAAAACACUGAGCAGCUCUUUUCUCGAUUUCAUGACAUCUCCAGCCACUGAGGUUGCUACAAAACCUAUCUUUCCUUCAAAAUCCAUGGAAGGAAAUGUUGUUGGACAAGACAUUAUCUACCAUGAAUUGGAAAAUGAUUCUUCAAAGGUGCAAGAAGAAGCAUCUGCUGUUUCUGAGGCAGAAUGUGUAAAGGAAUACAUUGCAAUUGAUGAGGCAAAAUUUGUAAAAGACAAGGUUACUGCGGAAGAGUUUCUCGAGGACAUUGCUGCUGAUGCAGAUUAUGUGGAAGAAUGCACCGAUGAGGCAAAGUAUAGGAAAGAACGAGUUACUGAGGCAGAGUGUGUGAAAGAAUGCAUUGCCACUGAUGAAGCAAAGUUUGUAAAAGAUAUUGUUACUGAGGCAGAAUUUGUGAAGAAAUACAUUGCUACUGACGAGUCAAAGUAUGUGAAAGACAAGGUUACUGCGACAGAGUUUCUCAAGGACAUUGCUGCUGAGGCAGAGUAUGUGCAAGAAUCCAUUGCCACUGAUGAGGCAAAGUAUAAGAAAGAACUUGUUAUUGAGGAAGAGUGUGUGAAAGAAUGCAUUGCCACUGAUGGAGCAGAAUUUGUGAAAGAUGUUGUUACUGAGGCAGAGUUUGUGAAAGACCUGAUUACUGAGGAUAAAACAGAACAUGGAGAGCAGCAAUGUAAUUUAGAUGGGCAAAUUCCUACUUUGAUUAACGAGGAAACUAAGCAAAGUGAGAUGGAUACACCAGUUUCCCCGACAACUGGUGAUGACAGUUCUUUGGCAUCAUCACCAUUUGAACAAUACAGUUUAGCAAAUGUAACUAUACGGAAAGAUUCUAAGUCAAUUGUAGAUGACAGCUUUGAACUUAAAGCUGCAAAUAAUCAUGUUACAUCAUCCAUCAAAACACCACUAAAGUCGAACAUUUCUACUUUGAUCUCAACAACCCCAUUGGUAUCACCUCCAGUAACGUCUACAACACCUGAUUCUGUAUCAUCCCUUGAGUCAGAUUCAAGUAUGUCAUCAAUUUCAUCAACAACCCAGAAUUAUUCACUACCUUUGUCACCAGUUUUAGUCACCGUAGCCAAUUCUCAAACUGAUACAAGACACUCUCCACCACUUGACUCGAUACAAAAAGGAAAAAUGUCAUCAAAUCCUAUUUCUACAAGCGAGGAAACAUCCAUCAAAACAUCUACCCCUCUCUCAAACAACCGACCAUGGAGACGAACAGCAGUUUCUGAUGAUGGUCCCUCAUUUUCUCCUAAAUUGCCAUAUACCAGACAUCGUCCACUAAGUGGUCAUAGUUUUGGUAGUGAUACUGAUGGGAUUGGGCUGGAGGAUGACAAAUCAAGAUCAUCACCAAAGUCAUGGAGAAGAUCUUUCUUAGAUAGUCCAAGAAGUAGUGACAAUGAAAGUAGACUGUCUGAAAGCUCUGGUGGAUCUACAGUUUUAGUGACAACCAGUGAAUUGGCGAUGUUGAUUGAAGAAGCCAAUCAGAGUAUUGAGAAAAUGAACGAUGAUAGUUUAAUAGUUGUUACUUUACACAAGGAAGAUGAAAGUCAUAGUUUAGGAUUGACCUUGGCUGGUGGAAGUGAUCAAGAAGUAAAAGAUAUUUCAGUCCACAGAGUUUUCCCAUCAGGCCUAGCUGCUAAAGAUGGCCGCUUACAACCUGGAGAUAGACUGUUAUCCAUUAAUGGAAAAUCCCUUGAUGGUAUCACCCAUGCCAAGUCUGUGAGUCAUCUUAAAACCAAUCGCAGCCAUGUUGUAUUGGUAGUAUCAAAGAAGUCGCCCUUAAGCAAAGUAGAAGUAAAACCUGAACCUGAUAAAUCCAGCACAUUUACUAUAGUGGAAUUAGAGAAUGGUGCUGGUGGUGUUGGGUUCAGCUUGGAAGGUGGACAAGGCUCCUUGAAAGGAGAUGUCCCAAUUACUAUCAAGAAAAUAUUCCAAGGUGGCGUUGCUGACAAGUGUGGUCAGCUUCAUGUUGGUGACAUACUAGUUAAAAUCAAUGGUGAAGACGUGACCAAUAAAACUCACUUUGAAGCCUGGCAGAAAUUGAGGAAACUACCACCUGGUAAGGUAACUCUCACAAUUGUCAAGCAAGCCACCAGGUGA